AUGAUCACAUCUACAGAGUCACCAAACAUAACCAAAUUUGAAAACACCUCAUGCGAAUUGGGUAAGCCAUGUGUGAUGACCUGUGAGGCUGGGGGCACGCCCACUCCUCUGGUCAUCAUCUCUAGGAAUGGUCAGCUAUCCAGACUGGGAGUUGAACAAUUUUCAAAGUUUACGAUGCGCAUUGAGAACGUUAGCAAAGAAGAUAACGAUGUGUAUGUCUGUACAGCAACUUCAGAAGCAGGUGUCGCUAGUGAAAAAGCUGUCCUCGACGUUGAAUUCGGACCAUAUGACCCACUGAAAUACGACCAGAAGGUUUGGCUAUGCCCUGAUAGGCAUUUGUGGCGUGACAAGUUUUAUAACGUGACGUGUGUCGUUGAGGCCAACCCCGCGCCAUCAUUUCAGUGGUACAUCACUUCAUUCGAUAAGUUUUACGACAAAGAUAUUACAAUUACUAUGCCACCAUUCCAUGAAAAUUAUGAGAUCCUAUAUGAAAGAAGGGGUUAUCUAACUAUCAGCACCGUCAAGCUGAGGAUAACAGCCUCUAAGUACAUCAAUUUUAUCGGAACAUACACGUGUGAAGCCAAAAAUAAAUAUAGUACACUUAAACAGAACAUGACCACUUAUCUGCUAAGAUAUACUAAUCUUCCUACGGUUAAACUUUUGAAAUCUUAUGCGGGUGAGCUGGUGUUAUCAGUUGAAAGAAGCAAAGAUAAGACACAUAAAUUAACUUCGGAAUCGUCAAUCUUUAUAUUCUAUAAGAAUGAAUACGGCUUUGACAACAUCAAAGUUUAUAGAUACCCUGCUGAGAUUGAAACCGCGCCUGAGCCUCUGGUUUUGAUAUCACAGAAAGAGUCGGCCCUACCAGAUCAAUAUAUCAUCAUUUGGGAUGAUCCAGUUCAUGUUGGCCUUCCAAUUUUUCAGUACAGGCUCAAGUAUAGGAGGGCAUCCGUUAAUAAUGAGAAUCAGUUUGUUGAACCUUUAGAAGAGUGGACCAGUGAAAUGUUUACACAUGAAGAACUACUUUCUCAACAAGCAGAUGUUUUAGAAGAAUUUUGGUCUAUUUAUGCAGUUAAUGAGACGGAAGAAAUCACAACCACCGCAGCUCCACUACCACUUCCAGCACUUUCUAUAUUAGACAAGCGACCAUUCAAACUACCUUCUAGACAAGAUCUUCUAGAAUUACUCUGGAGACAUCAUAUGUUGCCUGAACCCGAAGAAGUUGAUGUUGCCAGGUACGAAGCAAAAGAAAUAGCAUCUCACAGGGUGCCAAAAACUCCUUACAAUCAGUCAGUUGAUAUUCCAGUUGCUGGACAGGAACAGGUCUAUGAGGAGGAAACACACUACAUGUAUAAGUUACGAGGACUGAAGCCUGACACGUGGUACCAAGUUGAGAUCAUCUGCCAAAAUGAAUUAGGAAGCUCGCCUGCAAAUGAACCAUUUGUUUUCAAGACUGAUUUCCCAGACGCAAAUGCAAUAGAAAUUUCAGAACGUUUUGAAUCACCGAAAGAUUUUUUUGAUUUAAGUCGACCUUUGGAAGCAGCCAGUGAGAAAACAAUGAUCGAAACAGCAACAAGUUCUUCGACCCACAUCGUCAUCCCCAUCACCAUCAUCUUCAUCUUUAUACUCUUCUUCUUCAUCGUGGAUUUGACGUGCUACUUCACGCGUGGCUGCAGCAUCACUAUGACCAUUUGUAAACAUGUGUUCGGUAAGCAGCCGUUGAAGCGCAAAUCAAGCCCUCUUGUUGACGAGAGUAAGAGUGUGAAUGCAGUAAAAGGAGAAUCACAGAGACCUGAUGAAGAUUCCUUGUUAGUAGUGAGAACAGAUUUGAAGCAGGACGUAUCGUUUAACAACGACACCUUUGCUCCAACUUCAAACAAAUUACAUGAGACCGUAUGGCUCAAAAUUACUAUAAAGAUAAUUACGAAAAUUUUGUUUCCUCACUUACCACUCGGUGAAUUUCUGAGUGUGAUUAUUCGAUAA